GAGGAGGAUGGGAAUGGGGGGGAGGAUGAAGGCUCAGGAGGAGGAGGAGGAGGAGGACAGGGGGGAACGGGGGGAGGAAGAGGCUGGAGAGGAUGAAGGGAUGAAGGCUCGGGAGGAGGAGGGGGAAGGACCGGGAAGAGGAAGAGGAGGAGGAGGAGGAUGAAGGAGCAGGAGGAAGAGGAUGGAGAGGAUGAAGGGAUAAAGGCUCGAGAAGAGGAGGAGGAAGGGAGGCGUUGGGGAUGAAGGACCAGGAUGGAGGAGGAGGAGGAUGAGGAAGGAGGGGAUGAAGAGAUGAAGGCUCGGGAGGAGGAGGAGGAUGAGGAUGGAGGGGAUGAAGGCUCGGGAUGGGGGGGAGAGGAUGGAGAGGAGGAGGAGGAGGGGAUGAAGAUCUGGGGGGAGGAGAAGGAGGAGGAAGAGGAGGAGGAAGAUGCGGCAGCGGGAAGGGAGGAAGAGCGGGAGGAGGAGGAGGAGGAGGAGCGGGAGGAGGAGGAAGGCCCGGAAGGAGGGACCGGGGAGAGGAGGAGGAGCGGGAGGAAGGCCCGGGAGGAGGAGGAGAAGGAGGAGGAUGGAGAGGAGGAAGAGGAAGAUGAAGAAAGCAAGGGGAUGAAGAAGAGGAGGAGGAGGAGGAAGAUGAAGGAGACCCCGGGGGGGAGGAAGAGGAGGAGCAGCGCGAGGAGGAGGAGGAUGCGGGAAGGGAGGAAGGCUCUGGAAGAGGAGGAGGAAGAUGAAGAGGAAGGCAUGGGGAUGCAGAGCCGGGAGGAAGAGGAUGGAGCCGGGAGGGGAGGAAGGCUCGGGAGGAGGAGGAGGAGGAGGAAGGGAUGAAGGUUCCUGAGGGGAUCUGGGGGAAAAUUCGGGAAUUUUGGGGGGAAAAUUCGGGAUUUGGGGGGGGGAAAUCGGGAAUUUUGGGGGGAAAUUUGGGGAUUCCUCCUUUUCUAUUUGCUGAUGGUUUCAGCCAUUCCUAAAGACCCUGUCGGGCUGUCUUAGACACUUGGGGUGAGGAAUUCCUUCCAACCUGGGCCACUUUGGGUGGGUCGGGGGCGGCCCCAGGGCAGGGGGCAGUGUGUGCAGGGGCCCUUUGUGACACGGUGCUGCGUGGUCACCGUGUCAUGGAACAGGACAGCGUGUCCAAGGGCCCUUUGUGACACGGGGUGACAUAGGAGCUGGCGGUGACAAGACCACGCCAGAGUGCUUGGAGCACGCGACGGGACAGGACGGGACAGAGCGGU